AUGUAUAUGAGAACGUUAACAUGGAUUUUGUUGUUUCUCCUUGUAUUUUCUGUCGUAACAAUGUGGUACCUAACUUUUUCUUCCAAGCCUGUGAUUGAGCAAACGAACGUUAUGUAUUUCUACGAAUAUGAACCGAUUUACAAGCAACGCCACCUCUUCACAUUGCGGGAGCACCUGACGUGUAAAGACACAAAUCCCUUUCUAGUCAUCUUGGUGUCUUCAAGGCCUGAAGAUGUGGAGUCAAGGAAGGCCAUCAGGAUAACAUGGGGAUCUCAGAAGCUCUGGUGGGGACAUCGAAUUCUCACCCUGUUCUUGCUGGGUCAGGACACGCAAAGAGAAGACAGUGCUGCAGCGCUGUCGGUGGAAGAUGAAAGCGUCCUCUACGGCGACAUAAUUCGCCAAGAUUUCAUGGACACGUACAACAAUCUCACCUUGAAAACCAUCAUGGGGUUUAGGUGGGUCGCCGAGUUCUGUUCAAACACCAGGUUCCUCAUGAAGACUGAUGACGAUGUCUUCAUCAAUACUGCCAACUUAGUGAAACUUCUGCUGAAGCUGAAUUCCUCAGAAAAUUUUUUUACUGGUUAUCCUCUCAUCGACAACUUUGCCUACAGAGGCUUUCACGACAAAACUUACAUCUCUUACGAUGAAUAUCCGUUCAAGUUGUAUCCUCCAUACUGCAGUGGGAUGGGUUAUAUACUGGAUGGAAAACUGGCCCUGAGGAUUUAUGAACUGAUGAGUCACGUCAGACCUAUUAAAUUAGAGGAUGUUUAUGUUGGAAUUUGCUUAAAUAUACUUAAAGUGAACAUCAGUAUUCCAGAAGAUCAAGAACUCUUCUUUCUUUAUAAAAUCAAUUUUGAUGUCUGUAAGUACAGACAUUUGAUAGCAGUACACGGCCUUACCUCAAGUGAAAUAAUUGAGUUUUGGCAGGAUUUGUCGUCAAACGCUUCCGUGACUUGCCUUUGA